AAAGACAGACAUAAAUCAAAAUCAGGGGGCGCACACGAUCUGCUACUACUGCUUUUCUUCCCCAACACGAAUCGAACCUCUCGCAACUUCUUUCCUCCUCCUCCGAACGCAAAUCAAAAUCAAUCCGGCCCCAAAAGAAGCAGAACACAUCGCCGGAUUCGCGACGCCAUCAUCUCCGCUGUCCUUCUUCCUCCUCUCCGAUCCUUCCAGUUGGCCUGGCCGCCCGUGUGCCGACCGAUCGACCGCUGUAAAGCGCUCGCCUUUUUUCUUCCUCGCCGCCUCUUCACGUGCGGGGCCGCCACCGCCUCCCAUGCAAGCAGCGCAGCGGCGGUAGGAGCGCGGAUAUCCCGUCCCGUCACGCCCGCCGACGCUCCUGGUUGGUUGGAUCGGUAGCCAAUGGCCGUGGAGGAGCCCCCGUCGCCGGCCGCCGACUCGUCCGCGCCGCGGCGGCGGCAGCCGGAGGUCGGCGCGGGCGGGCGGCGCGCGGACAAGCAGGGCCGGCGCCUCGAGGUGUACAACGAGGUGCUCGCCCGCCUCCGCGCCGCCGCCGGCGCCGAGAUCUCGCCGGCCUUCCAGGACGCGCUCUGGGCGCACUUCCACCGCCUCCCCGCCCGGUACGCGCUGGAUGUGAACGCGGAGAGGGCGGAGGACGUGGUCACCCACCAGCGCCUGCUCGAGGAGGCGCGCGACCCGCAGCGCCGGCCAGCCCUGUCCGUGCGCGUCGUCCAGGUAUCCAGGAUUAUUGAUGAUAUGGACGAUUCCUUUGAUCCUGAGGUGGAGAUGCUUGCUUCCAAUAACUUGCCUAGCCAAAUGGUUCACCCUCCUCCUGCAUUCGGCUCCUCCUCCAAUCUAGAGGCGCUAGCACUCGAAGCAAAUGAGUCUGAUGUCGGUAGCACCAAUAACGACGAUGAUAACAGCGUUCAUCUCGUCUCCAGGCCAAUGCAUGAGAUAGCAUUUGCAUCAACUGAUAAGCCAAAGCUACUUAGUCAGCUUACUUGUUUGCUUGGUGAGCUCGGUCUUGACAUCCAAGAAGCACACGCGUUUUCAACAAUUGAUGGCUACUCACUGGAUGUAUUCGUUGUCACUGGUUGGCGUCUUGUGGGCACUAAACAGCUGCAAGAAAAGAUAAUGGAGAAAUUUCGCAGUGUUGAGGCACAUGCUUGUACAGUAUCUAGCGCAUCAUCACCUUCAUUGGAAGGCCUGCAAGGUGGAGAGAGUAGGCACACAUCUACCAGUGUGGAAAUACCAUCGGAUGGAGCAGAUGUUUGGGAAAUAGACCUGAAGCUGCUCAAGUUUGGGAGCAAGGUUGCAUCUGGAUCAAACGGCGACCUGUACCGUGGAUCAUACUGCAUCCAGGAUGUGGCCAUUAAAGUAGUGAGACCUGAGCGCAUCAGUGCAGAUAUGUACCGAGAUUUUGCGCAGGAAGUGUACAUUAUGAGAAAGGUUCGUCAUAAGAAUGUUGUGCAGUUUAUCGGUGCCUGCACAAGACAGCCCAACCUGUAUAUUAUAACAGAUUUCAUGUCAGGAGGGAGUGUAUACGAUUACCUCCAUAAAAAGGGCAGUUCCUUCAAGCUCCCAGAAAUACUAAGAGUGGCAACAGACAUCUCUAAAGGGAUGAGCUACCUGCAUCAGAAUAACAUAAUUCACCGAGAUCUCAAGACUGCAAAUCUUCUCAUGGAUGAAAACAAGGUUGUGAAGGUUGCGGAUUUCGGUGUCGCACGUGUGAAAGAUACUUCCGGAGUGAUGACUGCGGAGACUGGAACUUACCGUUGGAUGGCGCCUGAGGUCAUAGAGCAUAAGCCGUACGAUCACAAGGCAGAUGUUUUUAGCUUUGGCAUUGUUCUAUGGGAACUUCUAACCGGCAAGAUUCCUUAUGAUUAUCUAACCCCACUGCAAGCAGCAAUAGGUGUUGUUCAGAAGGGCAUCAGGCCGACGAUUCCGAAGGAUACCAAUCCCAAGCUAGGAGAGCUACUUCAGAAAUGUUGGCACAAAGAUUCGGCCGAGAGGCCCGACUUCUCCCAGAUCUUGGACAUCCUUCAGAGACUCUCCAAAGAGGUGGGAGCCGACGGCGAGGGCCGGCAGAAGACGAAGUCGGGCUUUCUUUCGGCGCUGAAGAGAAGCCACUGAAGGCAGCGGCAGCAGCAGCAACAAGCUUCCUCUGCGUUGAUGCCCAAGCAUAGGUGAUUGAUUCUGGAAUUGUUGAUCGAUGCCCAGGCAACUGUAGUGUACACUGAUAGUAAUAAUUUUCUCACAUACGUAGUAGCUGUUUGACCUAUUUCGCUUCCUCUUUUUUUUUUCUCUUGUCAUGUAUCAACAGUCCUUUUUGUUCUAGUGGUGCUGUUGAAUGAAACCGUUAAGAGCAUCUU